AUGGGGGAGCCGAAGCAGACGCUCUACAUACGUGGUCUGCCUGAUAAAGUCUCGGCGGAAGAGAUGCGCCGGGCGCUCUAUUUGUAUUGCACUCAAUUCGGCCCUGUGCUGGAGGUGUCGUACCGCAAGAGUAGCGACGUAUACGGCCAGGCGUUUGUGGUUUUCUCAGACGUUGCCACCGCCACUAGCGCUCGCCGGGAAAUGAACGAACGUCAGUUUUACGGGCGAGUGGUUCAGGCCUUCUACGCCAAGCGGCAAUCUUUUAGCGCGGACCCGGGAGAGCGGCGCCGCAGAGACCUUCGACGUGAGCGUGAGUUGGGUGUGAAACGUCUGCGGGAGGGCUGA